CCUCAACAAUACUGCUAACCCUUCACUGGGACAACUGAACUCAGAAACACAGCAAGAGAUCAUAUUUGAAUAUGGCUCAGAGUGACCUCCUCUAUCCAGAAAACCCAAGGAGACGGCAGCAAGUAAACCGUCUUCAUCAACAGCUCCUUGACUGCUUAGCUGACAGCUUCCAUGCCACCAAUAAGCUGAUUGGAGUUUUAAACAUGCACCUGGGGUGCAGACUGGACUUCAUAGAGAUGAAAAGAGAUGGGAGUAUCAAGGAAAACUGUGAUAUUAUCAUCCAUGCCAUGGUAAAUAUCCAAAAGAAAUUGCAAAAGGUUGAUGAGGCGCUCAAAGAUAAACUAGAGCCAACCCUUUAUAGAAAACUUCAGGAUAUUAAGGAAAAGGAAACGGAGAAAAUUGCAAUCGUACAAAAGGUUAUUUCAGUCAUCCUGGGAGAAGCAACUUCUGCCGCCAGUGCAGUGGCUGUUAAACUUGUGGGCUCAAACAUCACAACUGGCAUAAUUAACAAGCUGGUCGCUGUAUUAGCUCAAAUUGGUGCUUCUCUCCUUGGCAGCAUAGGAGUUGCUGUUCUUAGCCUUGGCAUAGACAUGAUCAUCCGUGCCAUCCUGGGAGCAGUGGAGAAAACACAGCUUCAAGCAGCUAUCAAAAGUUAUGAGAAGCAUCUGGUGGAAUUCAAGUCUGCCUCCAAAAAAUAUCAUCAAGCCAUUACUGAGGUCACCAAGACAGUGAGACAGCAAACGAAAUAAACAUUGCCCACAGGAAUAUUUUUCUGCUUCUCUCCAGUAACAGCAUUUUGCCUCUUUAACUUUCAUUUUCUAUAAGUUUUCAAUAUGAAGAUAAAUAUAGCAAACAACUUGAGCUAGUAAAACUAGUUGAUGAGUCUAGUUUUUACCAACAUGAGUGCCUAGAUUUGCAAGGAUGUCAGGAUAAAUGCUGUGGUGGAGCAGCAGGUAUAGGAGUUACCUUCUCCUUUUUUCAUUUCCCAAAUCCUUAAAUUUACAUUAAAUUCAGAGACUUAUUCCUACCAUAACCCUCAGACAUCAUCUUGUUCUAUGGGGGCAUAAUACGCCGACCAAGACAAAAAUCCUGGGCCAUCCAAUGGGAUAGAAAUACUAAUGGCAAAUAAUUCUGGCCAAGUUUCAAUCCAAUUUUCUAUAAACUUGAACAAACUGAAAUGGCUUGUAAAAAUUUACUUGAAAGGACACAAUGGUUACAACUUCCACUAAUUACACUAAUGCCUGGAUGGACUUUUAUAAAGGUUGCAAUCAAACUUGACUAGUUUUAGUGUGAUAAACUGUCCUCAAGUGAAUGUUUGAACAGUCUGGAACAUUAAAAACAAGCAAAUCCCAGCUCUACACGCAUAAAAUGCAUUUAGGACACACGACAGGAAAUUGCUGCUUUUAAGAAUUUAAAGAAAAAUCAUAAAUACCUUACUAACUAUACAGACAAAUGAAAUUUUGUUUCCAAUACUAGCAGGAGGAAACAACUUUUUCUCUAUAAAACUUCAAUGAAGGCCCUCCCUGGUGGAGCAAGGGUUAAAGUGCAGC